AUGAUUCCUGUAAUCACUGUUCUAAUUACAUUGUCACUUGUUAAAGCCGGGUUUGCAAAUGUAAUCACAGUACCUGUUGAUAUUUAUAUUAGUGAAAAAGGAAAAGAGCAGUACUCAACACGAAUGGAAGAUCUAGAAAGUGCUAUGGAUAAAGUUAGACAGAAGCUAGAAGCAAAUCUUAACCAAAGAGCCGGAAAUGAAGCAACCAAUAAAUAUUCUGCCCUUCAAUUUUCUAUAAAUGUGCUUACAGAAACACCUAGAGGGAUAGAUCUCGAUGAAUGUGGACAGAAUGUGGAUAUCUUAUUUACUCAGUUACAGAACUUACACAAUAUGAAUACCAGACAUAAUGUAAUAGCUUUUUAUACAUGUCCUUCAAGUACUUAUUUUGAUUAUUUCAGUAAUGCCAACAUGGAGACACCGUUAUUAAUACAAAGGGAUAAUCUAACGUGUGUUCAGCGUAUGGCAAGUUUUGUGGAACCUGAAAGACCCAAAUUUGAACUUACAUUUGCAAAUGCACUUAUGGCAGCAGCGGGAUGUCCGAUUAAUAAUCCUGUAUCACUUAAAGAAGAUGAUGGUGGAGAUAGAGGAGUGCAAAUUAAUUAUUUUGUUGAUCAUGAUGCUUAUGACUUAUUAUUUAGGAAUGGAUGUGAUCGUAUACCCAAUUAA